AAAACCGUUUAGUAUUCCAAUUGGGAGGAUGCUACCCUUCAACAAUUCAUACACUACAUGACUGAGUUUAAGUGCAUACUAGUGUAUAGUAUGUCAUUUGGGACACAGCUGAGGUCUCUUUUCCAUCUGCACUUCGAAUUUCUACCGGAAGUAGUAGACCAUCCGGGAAUCUUUGGAAUACUAUUUUCAACAUACUACGAGUUGGGACAUACUAAUUCUACAGUCGAACACUAUUUAGGACGGAUAGUUUGCGGAUUGAGACGCAGCAUCUGGUUGGGAAUCGUUUUAAAGCCGUGCACACUUUUGUCAUGCACCGUUCGGUCUGCGCAGCGGCCCAAUGAAGUCGAGCAUUUUGCAGCCACAGUUACCACAUCCGGUAACUUUUAGCGUCCUUAGAUACCUCGCGCUAAACAAAGGAUAAAAAACAGCUCGCGUGAAGUUCACAGGGUAAGAAAUCCAUUUAGUAACUCGCUUCGUUUAAACUGUUUGAGCGUCGCCAUGCCAAUGAAACGUAAAGGCCGACCAUGCGCAAUGCUUUAAGUCGUAUUUUCUAACGUUACUUUUCCUUGCGUUACGAUGGGAUAUGAUCAGCCUGAGAGAUGACAGUACAGCGAUGACAUUGCACAAAACCAAGAUAAGGAAUUAAGCCUGGAUUUUCCAUCUAUGAUGGCUUUCUUAAUUCUACUUUUGCGCAAUACCCCGCAGAUGUGCAGUUGCGCGUGGAUAUGAUAUGGACGCAACGGAUCGUCUGGAGGUGGUUUCUCGGGUCAGUUAUGAGGGUCCAGAAUCCCUGCAGUAUCCAGAGAAGUUACAGGAAAACAUUGCAUGUCCAUCAGAGAAUCUGCCCUUUGGUCAGGUAAAUGUUGUAGUCGCUUUAUCUGAGGAUUACAUGGACAUCACCAAAGGCAGCCUGGAUGAUAUAUCUCGACCGGCCAGCUGUGAACGAUCUCACGCUGGGAGUCGAGAGUCUUUCUCUGAGAUCAGGAGAGCGAGUCGAGACGGCCACGGGUCUCUCGAGGUCCUCAGCCCUGAUGUAAAGGAUACUGCGGUUCAGGAGAACACACGUGAUGUCAGCGAUUGCGCAGAACACGGUUCUGAUCAAGAUUCGGAUGAGGAAGACGAAGAUCCAGAGUUGAGAAAAGCCAUCAAGAAAAUGAAGAAACUGGACCGGAUUCUGGCUCGCAAGGUGUCAGCGGAGAGAGAGGUGAAGCGGAAAGGCAGGGAACUUCAUCUCAGACUCUGGCAGGAGCUUCAGGCUGUCAGAAUGAGUCCCGAGAGCAGCGAUGAGAUGGACAACACCAGACGCUUUCUCGCGCUGACCCCCGACAGCUAUGAGGGAUUCACCUUUAUUCUCUCAGCUCAGGAUUGCAGCGAGGAAGUGGAUUUUGUGCCUGUGUUUGGGACUGAAGUUCUCGAAGAUUUAAACCCGAGAUGUCAAAAGGAAGAAAACACGUGUGACGUGCCUGAAGUGGGUCAGCAGGUGAUGGAAGAUCAGUCUCCAGACAGCAGACGGCACAGAGCUGCUCACGGCAAGCGCAGGCAAGAUUUUGUCAAGAAAAAUAUAGAGUUGGCAGGUGUUGCAGGCACAUCGGUGCUCUUGACACAACACGAGAGAGAGAGACUAGAGGAACUACUCAAAGAUCUAGAGGAAGAUCAGAACAAUACAGAUUCAUCGAGUCACACACCAAAGGUGGUCUCGUCUCUGUGUGUUGUGUCCGGUGAAGGUUUCACUCCCGAACCUUCUGAACUCGACAGUCUUCUCCAUAUUGACUCCAGACUGCAGCUGCUACUUCCUGUGAAGGACGUCCUGUCUGCGAGGAUCCCGCCGGCCGACCUCAGCUCCUCACCGAUGAGACUUCCGAGUUUGGAUGAGAUGAAGAUGGGAGACAGAGGAGAAAGAGUCCUGUUGGAUGUGAGAGAGACACGAGAACAAGAGAGACGUCUGCGAGAUAUCCAACAGCAGCUGCAGGUCCUGGAUGAGACCGAGCCGAGCAAUCCGAUUCAUUUGUCUGAUGAUCAGUUGAAGAAUCUUCUGCUGAAAUGUGAGGAAGAAAUGGUCCGGUCAUCUUCAGAUCUUUCGUCAGGACUGAUUUCAGCUCUGGACUCUCACAACACAUCUCCGCUAGUCUUUUCUCCACCGCCGUGCUCCAAUCUAUCCGACCUGCUGCCAGGAGCCGAGACUGACAACCAGAUUCCUUCAGACUGACCGCCGGGGAAAAGUCUUCAAUCUUCUGUUUUAUAUCUCGCAUUAGUUCAUAGUGUUGGCUUCUGUCCUUUAAAGUUGCACAGCAUUUUUAAGACGGUCUGUUUGUGAUUUUACCCUGAGCUGUGCGCCAGUGUCAUUAUCAGAAUCAGACUUGUGAAUCCGAUUCAAAGCUCCAAACGCUGAAAUAGUAUGCAAGAACAAAAUAAAAUGUUCCUUUUUCAAAUGAAACCAGCAUGUGUUUUCCUUUAUUGCCAUGAACUUUACAAAAAAACGGUUCUAAAGAUCUGAACAGACAUGUGACCCCUGCUUCUAUCUGCUGGGUUUUCAUGAAAGGUUACUUGAGAACAGGUUCGGUUGUGUUGUGCUUGUUUGUAAACUACAUUGACAAAUAACUUGGUAUGAAAUCACGCAUGACUACACUUUACUAAUGUUCAUAUUUGACCUCACGUAUUAAACUUAAGCGUAUAACUUAAACUGCAUAUUUGUGAUAAACAUACAAGUAGAGCUGUCACGAUUAUUAAAUAAUCGUCUCAUCGCGAUGGUUUCAGAUCAUCGCAAUUAUCGCACAUCUCUAUAGAAGACACUAGGGGGAGCUGUAGUGCAUCUGCAUAUUGCAUAUUUUAGUGUAUAUAUUGUAACUAAAGCAUGGUAAUACUUGUAAAAUGUACCACCACAACACAAUCACUUUAAAAAAAACUAAUGCGUGUACCAUAAAAAUAACCUGCAGUACAGUUUAAUGUUAUUUCAGUGUGAAAACCAGUCUACCAAAAUCUCAUUAACAUAGAAGUAAACUUUUACUGUAGUCUUGCAAGUGAGAAAAAAACAGACUAGAAGCUUUUCUAUGACUGAUAGUAUUUUAAUGGUGGCUUCAAUUCACUCCUGAUCAAUUUACUUCAUUUACAAGUAUUUGGCGGUUGUAUUGUUGACAGGUAAAAGCCUAAACCUUCAGUAUGAUGACCCAAUUUUUUCCUAUGUAUUUCCAAGAUAAAGAACAUAGUCUUUAUAUUCAGAACAAUAUGGUCGUUUCAAAGCUGAAUAAAAAAUGUAUGAGAAUUAAAAGUCAAAGCUCUAAAACAGACAAUUAAUCGUCAUAAUCGCAAUGAUUUAUUAGACAAUUAAUCGUCAGCCAAAUUUCAUAAUCGUGACAGCCCUACAUACAAGAUGUCUUAAGUUUGCUACUUGUUGGAGAGAUCUAUGUUCUACGUUUUUUUUGUAAACAAUCCAAUCUGCAAUUUUUAAAAAUGGGUGGAAAAGUGUAUCGACUUGGUUUCAUUUAAAGAUGAGAGUAUUGAAGAAGUUAGCUGGUGUAUUUUUAUUAUUUGGGCCAGUAAGUUAUUAUCUGAAACCCACCCAGAACCCAUUAAAACUGCAAAACCCCACAUUAAAAAGAAACAGUCAGACCACCUUAGCAACUGCACACAUAUGGACGCGUUACGGCCACUCCGGCAUUCCACACAUUCUUGACCUUGAAGAUGAACCGUGUUUACUGACAAAAGAACCAUAGAUUUCAUUUGACCAAAUGAGUCUUUCCAAAACAGAUAUGGAUCACAUGAACCUUUAUUUUAACAAUAGCAGCGAGUCAUUUACCCUUAAACCCAAAAACCUAACAGAAACAUUGACUUUUUUGGUGAAUGACAUGAACUUGAAUAAAUUAUCAUUUUAUAUUAACUGACCGUGUAUUGAGUAUAAACGUCACAGCUUGUGAUUUUGAUUUCAGAUGUUUUAAUGUGAGCAUUUUUGGAUUUUCAAAAGCCGGACAUCUUUUUUCUUAGUCAGUUAUUUAUUGUUCAUGUAACACGUGGUUUUAAUGAGUAAAACAACAUUAUUCUGUGUAAAACCGAAGCCUCUUUAAUAAUAAAAGAACAAUAAACAAAAUAAAAAUAAAAAUGACCAACACGUUCUCAUAUCAGUGUGCAAACAGUUUAUACAAAAACUUUCCAUGUCAGGUUACGUUUCCUUAUAAAUUAUUUAAAUAGCAUAUAUGUACACAUGACAUUUAAAAUAGAUUAAAAACAAAUUUACUAAUAACUUAUUUUAUAAAGGCAUCAUUCAUUCAUUCAUUCAUUCAUUCAUUCAUUAGGCACGCGUUUCUAUAAACAACUUUCUAUUCAUGUUGUAUUGGGGCACCGCUUCCAAAAUUGUGUUUUGUAUUAUUUACAGAAUUAAUUGUUUUACUACAUACAGUAGACAAAACAGGACUGAAUUAUCAAUGGAAAAUAUAUAUUUUGUUGUUGUUGAUGUCAAUUGUACAACUUUGAGGUAAUAUUUGUGUUAUCAUCAUCAUGUAUUCAUCAAUCCGCUGAGACCGAAGAAAACUUCAGUUCCAGUUUUGUUUGUUUUGAAAGUGUCUUUAUCAUCCAAUCUCUCUCUAUAAUAUCACAACCUUCUUUAUCCUUCCGUGCCUCAAAUCUCUUAGCACUGUAGGUCCAUCUAGCCCUGAGAAAUAUCAACAUCAAUGCCGGAUGAUAAAAGUCACACGUAACUUGAGUCGGUGAGUCCUGAAGGUCUCUACGUCUCAAAGAAAAAGAUCCACACAUUCACAUAACGUCAAAAAAAAAACAUCCACCCUGUGCGUCACUCCUCAACAGCUCCUCCCGUGGGA